GCAGCCGAAGCCCGCGUGAACCUCGUGGUGCGCAACGUGUACACGCCGGCGCAGUCGCUGGCGCUGCGCGUGGACCCGCGCACGCGAGUGGGCGAGCUCAAGCGCCGCCUGAGCCUCGAGUUCCCGCUGAGCCCCGCCGUGGCCGCGCAGAAGCUCAUCUUCGGCGGCAAGAUCUGCCGCGACGACGAGCCGCUGGCGCAGGUGCUGGCGCAGGUCCAGAGCAGCCACCUCAAGGACGGCGACGCCGGCAGCGACGAGCCCGUGGUGUUCCACCUGCUCGUGAGCCCCACCGCCGGCGCGCGCAAGAGCGCGGAGCUGAAUACUACUAGUAGUAGUAAGCUCCAGGCCCACGCGGAGGCGCAGGACUCGCCCAGACCCAGCAGCAGUGAGGCCGCGCAGACGCAGAGCUUCGAGGCGCAGCCGACACCCGCGCCCGCGCCGGCCUCCGAGUCGCCAUCGUCGUCGUCUUCGCAGCAGACGCCGUUCCUGUUCGGCCAGACGCCGGCCAUGACCCAGCAGCAGCACAACCUGUACAGGCAGAGCAUCCUCAUGCAGCAGCAGGCCAUGGUGCUGCAGCAGAUCCAGUACCUGCAGUUCAUGCUCGUGCAGCAGCGCCAGCAGCAAGCGUCGACGCCGACCUCCGGCCAGCAGAACCCGUUCGCGGCCCACUACGCGGCGGUACCAUACGGCCACUUCUACGGCAUGAUGCCGCCCCAGAUGUUCCCAGCCCAGGCGCGCGCGGACGCCGCGGCACCGCAGGCGGCGGCCCAGGCGCACGCUGCAGCCCCCGCGGCCGCUCAUGAACAGGCGCCGGCUGCGGCGGAUGCGGCAGCGGACGCGCAGGACCGUCCGAUUCUCGUGGAGAUGGCCCGUGAAGUUUUCCCGCUGCUGGACUUCAGGAUGGCGCUCAAGAUGGCCUUCAUGCUGUUCAUCAUCGGCCAGGACACGCCAUUGGACCGCAUUCUCAUGCUCGGACUGCUGUCCUUCAUCUCGUACCUGCACAUCACCGGCAUCUUUGCCAAGAUCUACGAAGUGUACAACCGGCGCCGCAGUGCCAAUGACGGAGAGGACGCGAACGCAGCAGCAGACCUCAACGCGCCAGGAGCCGCAGCGGCUGCCGGGGCUGCCUUUUCCAACCGCUACGGAAUGCUGACGCGCGUGCUGCGCAUCUCGGCGGACCGUGGAUUUGUGCAGGACGUCAAGUACUUUGUGGUGGGGCUGUUACUGUCGCUGGUGCCGGCGUGGCACCCGCAGCCCAUUCAGGGCGCGGCGCCAAUGCACGAGAACGCCAUCCCGGAUGACGUACCUCUCCAGGGUAUU